UCUUGAAAUGAUAAAGCAAGGUCAUUGGAUGGGGUAUAUAAAUGGAUAGCCCUGUGUAUUCACAACUCAUUUGGAAAGAUUUGUUCUUCUAAAAAUUAUAUUUUUUUAGUUUAUGUAAUCGAUGUAGUUUCACAAGACCAGUGCCAGCAGUAACAGAACUAGUGAAAUGUAUCCAAAUCAGGCGAGAAAGACAAGAAUAAAGGAUAGAAGGAUAGGUACUUCAACUUACACUCAAUGUCUUUUAGCUGUAAUGGCAGUGAUCUUGUGCAUUCGAGUCGUAGAGACAACAUGUCUGAUGACGCAGGACUUCUGCGAGCAUUGGCUGGAGGUAGAGUAUAAGCUGAACCAUGAUGGACUACAAGAAGGCAGUUUACGCAUCUGGAGGAAAACUUUAUCACUUCGACGUGGAGAAUCCGCAAUUGGUCACUCCCAUAGAUGGUAGCAACGUGAUCACAGCAGACGGCUGGGAAAAUCAAAGACUGGUCAUUACUGUCAAUAAAACAAUACCUGGACCUUCUAUUGAGGUGUAUGAAGGUCAGACGAUCGUGGUACACGUCACAAACAAGCUGCUGUCCAGUGGUAUCAGCAUCCAUUGGCAUGGCAUGCAUCAAAGGCAGACAGCGUGGAGUGAUGGUGUUACUUUUAUUACACAGUGUCCCAUACUACCUGGUCAAACGUUCACAUACAGAUUUGUAGCUGAUCGUAAAGGAACAUUCUGGUAUCACGCCCACACAGGGGCUGAACUGUCCAUGGGUUUGUUUGGACCUUUCAUUGUCAGAGAGAGGCGGCAGUUACAGAGGGACGAAUUCAUCAUGACGAUACAGGACUGGAACCAUGACAUGGACUCUGAGCUCUUACAUUACAGAAUGUUGUUUGGUAACUACAAGAACCGAGUCAAGGAUACAGCUACUCGGUCAUUAGAAGGUGGAAAGUUUAGUAUGUUUAGGUUUCACUCAGGACUUAUCAAUGGUAAAGGAAGAUAUUUUUAUCCUAAUGGUUCCUGUAUCGAGGCUCCGUUGACUGUAUUCACUGUGAGCCAGUUCAAAUCCUAUAGAUUUCGAACAAUAGGAUCAGCAAGUCUCUACCCAUUUCGUGUUUCAAUAGAUGGACAUCUUCUAAAGAUUGUGGCUACUGAUGGCAAUGACGUGUCUCCAGUGGAGGUGGAGUCUUUUAUAAUCAACCCAGGAGAAAGAUUUGAUUUUAUUGUAGAUGCAAAUCAAGCUGUCAACAACUAUUGGAUAAGGGCAGAAACUCUGGAAGUGAAUGUCAGUAAUCACCUUGCCUUGGCUAUAUUUAGAUAUGCAAACGCUUCAAACAAUGAUCCUCAGACAAAGAGAAAGUUAUGCACACCAACUGAUAGAUGUCGUGUUGCCAACUGCCCAUUUAAAUACUAUCCAGCAUCAGCUGACGUGAACUGUACCAAUUUCAACCAAUUUCAAUCAGCGGAAAAUAAAACUGUCCCAGGAGUAGAGACAGAGACAGAGAACAUCGAAGACAUGUUUCUGAAUUUUGCUUUUCCGGGCGACAAGGAGACGCCUGGAUCAGCCAACGGCAUUAACUUUGUGAUGCCUCAUGUAUCAGCUUUGACUCAAUGGAAUGAAAUAAAAACUUUAUGUACUGCAAAAGACUGUGGUGAAGACAAGAUGUGUCAAUGUACAAACUCGAUUGAACUUGAGCAUAAUGAAGUGUAUCAACUUGUGUUUGUUAACAUGGGAAUCGGCAAAGGUUGGAACCACCCCAUGCACCUUCAUGGCCACAGUUUUCAUGUUCUGAAGAUUGGUUAUCCUGAAUAUAACAAUGUCACAGGUGAAUACAUCAAAGACAACUUGGACAUCGAUUGUGGAGGAAACAUCGAUAGAGAGAAAAGUUUUUGCAAUUAUGCCAAGUGGACAAACCGUUCAUGGGGAGGCAACAACAUUCCAGGUCUUCAGCUCAGUUCUCCUCCCCUGAAAGACACUGUCAUAGUUCCAACAGGAGGCUACGUAGUUGUUCGAUUCAAGGCAGACAAUCCUGGUCUUUGGUUGUUACACUGUCACAUAGAGUUACACAACACUGAUGGUAUGGCUUUAGUGUUUAAUGAGGCCAGAGAGUUACAUCCCAAACCUCCAGCUGGUUUACCGAAAUGUGGAGAUUUUUUUUAUAAUCAAAACUAUCAAGUGAAGUCGGCUACUAUUUUAUCAACCGAUGAAAACGUUUGUGAAAGAUAUAAGGACGCUACAAUCAUACUCGCAGUUUUAUUAGCAGCUGUCUUUAUUGUUAUUAUAACAUGUUGCUGUUAUAGAAAGUGUAGAAGUAAUAACUACUCCAGUAUGUAAAUCUAAACUGUGCAAUGAUAAUAAUAAUAAUAAUAAUAAUAAUUGUAAUAGCAAUAAUAUCUGAAUUAUCCUUGAGGAAAUGUGUCUUACAAUUUGUUCAUUAUACAUAAACGAAACACUCUCAUGAUAACACACGAAAGUGACGUUCCUGCCAGUUUCACUCAAACGUUACCUGAAGUUUAAAACAGAAAGUUGGAUUUGACUUCAUGAUUUGGUUGCCUGUUUGAUUCUCUGUUUUAGUGGUCGGUCCUUUGUACCAUCUCUGUAGCGGUGAAAUGUUAAGGUAUCUCUUUAGCUUAAGAUGUUUUUCUGGAAAAGUUAUCCACAUGGGGGGGGGGGAUUCGUUGCCCAUGACAUUAGUAGAAGCUUUUAGGAGUAAAAAAAAAAUGUUUUUUUUUUUGGGCUUACCAGGCUGAAACCUAAAAUACUGCCGUGUGCGGCGACUUUUGCGUUGUGUCCUGAAGAAUAAGGUCAUCUUCAUGUGGUGGGGGUACGGUGGAUAUGCUGAGCUCUGACUGACAUGGUUCUUGCACGCUCAUCUGGUGUAGAGACUGUGUGUCUGUUUGGAGCUACAGGGAAUGCUGAAACUGAUCAGCCACCACCCUGGAGACUAGUGAAGGGUCAAGCCAUCAAAGUUUUGGGGAUCUUAACUGGUGGUUACAAAAAAGGUCUCCUGCCAUACUCCAGUUUCCACUACACGAGUGAGUGGCUGAAUUAAACGGUCUUUGACAGUUUUAUACAUCCAUUGUUAAUGUCUGGACUGUCUUCACAGCUCACACUAAGGGGAAACCCAAAUAUCCUUCCACUGGAGGAACACAUAGACAUACACUAUGUUGAGAUGAAAAAAAAAUUGAUGACUAUCAGCUUUUACGAUUAAAAAAAAAUGAGGACCUACAGACAAUGAUGUCGAAAUUUUCCUAUUUUAUAGCAGGCUAUUAGUGCGGGGCACGUGCGGGACACGCCAUUUAUGCAACGGCCCCUUGAGGAAGGAAGCCUGGAUUGUUGACAAGGUUGUGGGAGCUCUUUUACAACCCCACACAGUGCAAUGGUGAUGUUUACGAGACCCCUAUGGCUCUCCCACGGGAGUCUUGUUUUGCUAACCUUUGACCUACCAGACAAUGAUUUUGAAAUUUAAACUACUGCUGUUGUGAGAAAGAUAAACCAUUCACAAAUUUCUUUUUUGCUAUCAAUUACGGAGGACAUUUUUCUAAGUAAUCUUAAACUUAGCGUCAUUGACAUUGUUUAGUUUAUCGUGAAAUAAAUUAUUAAAACCAUGUUGUGCAAUCUUGUUUUAGCACUUUAGAAUGAACAUUUACAAAAUGAUGUAAAUAAAGAGCAGAUUGCUGUCAAAAAUAUUUGUACCAAAGGUCACAAUAUUGUAAAUUUAAAACCGGAGAGAGCCUCGAAGCGUCACAUAGCAGCUCUAUUUAGCUACAGAACUACCAGCGUCACACUUAGAGCUAGGCUAUCAAACUUCCAAUGUUUCCAAACAUUGCCAUCUAGAAAUUAUUAAAAAAAAAAGUUUUUAAACGGAUUGAAAGCUUUGCACUUUAUAAUUCAUUGUUUUUAAAAUGUUGAUCCAUUUUACAUUCGUGUAGAGAUCGUGUUAGUUCUGUGACAAUAGGGCGGCUCAGUUUGACUUCAUCUGUUGCAUUCAUUGACACAUUUUUUAAAGAUGGCGCUUGUUCCAUUUUUGUUUUUUUUUUAAUUCAAGAAAAAGAGGUAGAUUGUGUGUGUGUGUGUGUGUGAGAGAGAGAGAGAGAGAGAGAGAGAGAGAGAGA